UAAGUAGUGAGAACAACUCUUUUCAUGAAAUCUGUCUUUUGUUGUUGUUGUUGUUCAGGUACAAUAAGGGGAUAAAGACACAGGAGGUGGAGGUGCUGCGGCCAGGAAUUGCCACUUCACAUGCUCCUGUGAUGGGUCCUGUCAAUCAGCAGUCCACCCCACAAAAAAGAUGUUGUGGCAGCCAGGUCCAACUCAGAGAACUGAAGCCAGUCAAACAAGUACACAACAUUUGCCCAAAUGAAUGAAGGGCAGCCCAAAGCCCACAAUAAAGAUGUCCUGCAUCACCCAGCUUGGUUUUACCCAGGAUUUUAUCUUGGUUCGGUAUCUUGAUGUCUCUAAAGUCUUCGGUGGUGGAUCUGAGUCUGUGACUACGCCCCCUGGUGGUGGAUCCAGGACUGCAGGCGCGCCGGUCCUGCUGAGCGGCCUGGAGGAUCAGACAGUGAUGGACGGCAGCCUCGCAACGAUGACCGUGGAGGUCACAGGUGAUCCUAAGCCCACCGUCUUCUGGUUGCAUGAUGGAAUUGAGAUCAUGGAGUCGGAGGACUUUCAUUUCAAACGAAAUGGGAAUGAAUGCCAACUCUGCAUUCGGGACGUCUUCCCAGAAGAUUCUGGGAAAUACAUCUUUGUGGCUUGGAACCAUAAAGGUGUUGUGAGAACCGAAGCAAACCUCAAAGUGCAAGAGCCCGCGGGUGGCACGCGGCCAUGGUUCAUCAUCCGGCCGAAGCCGGUGGUGACGGUGGUGCCGGGCCGUCACGUCCUCAUCUCGUGCGCCAUCGCCGGGGACCCGUUCCCAGAGUUCCGCUGGGCGAAAGACGGAGUGGGCUUGGCGUCCGGAGGAGAGCUGAGGCUGGUCCAGAAGGGGAACGUCGUCUCACUGCUCAUCCGGAGAGUCGCACCACACCAUGCAGGACAGUAUCACAUCAGGCUCAGGAACUCUGUUGGCCAGUCCAGCUGCGCGGUCACGCUGUCCGUCCGCCAAGCGCCGGACCUUUGCAACAGAGGCCCACCCCUUCACUCCGGAGGGGUUUCGGUGGGAGUUGGACUCGCGGACAGGACCGUGAGAGUCAGUGAGCCUGAGAGCUGCAGAGGGAGCAGGACCUCCAGUCAGCCCCAGCAAGCCCGCCACCAGCCCCAGCCCCCCCAGCAGCCGCAGCCGCAGCAGGGAGAGCGGGUCUCCAGCAGCCACCACCACCUCCAGGUCCACACCACCCCCCCAGAGCACCAGGAUCAGCGUCGCGGCCCCCGGCCCCUCCUAAGGAGGCACGUGCACACCAGGCAGCGCAGCGAAGAGCAGGUCCGCGAGCACCAGCCCGAGCAGUGGGACUUCCGCUCGCUGCUCACACACGGCCGCGUCGCAGAAGCAGCAGAGGUAAACACAGCCGCCGCCGCCGCCGCCCACCACCAGCAGCAGCGCUACCACCACUGUGCGGAGGACGUCUGUCGGGAACAGGAGCCCAAGGACGCCACCAUGAGUAUGGACUUCAGGUCCCAGCUGAAGAAGGCAGGGCCGCGGGGGAGCCCCGCUCCCAAGGCCGAGGCCGCCGCGCCCCCGAAGGAUUUCAGGGCCAUGCUGGGGAAGAAGGGGGGCGACUCCCCCAAAGCGGGAGCCGCGGCCAGCGGCGGGCCCGGCGACUUCAGGGCCAUGCUGAAGAAGCCGGCCCCCGGCGCCGAGAAGAACGACGCCAAGGACGCGACCCCGACGCCCAAAGCCCCGGUGGCCAAGGACAAGCAGAACGGCAUCAACGGCAUCAACGACAAGAAAGCCGCGCCGGAGAAGAAGGCCGCGCCGGAGAAGAAGGACCCUCCGUCCCCGGAGAAGAAGGCCCCGCCGUCCCCGGACAAGAAGGCGGACGCGGACAAGAAGCCUGCGGCGGCGGCCGUCGCACCGGAGAAGAAGCCAGCGGCGCCCGCCGGGAAGCAGCCCAACUUCACCAAGACGCCCAGCGACGUCAGCGUGGUGGAGGGCCAGCGGCUGCAGCUGCAGUGCGAGGUGACCUCCGACCCCGCCGCCACCGUCACCUGGUCGCUAGACGGCAAAGUCAUCAAGCCUUCCAAAUUCAUCGUGCUAUCUCAGGAAGGAGGCAAGUGUUCUUUCACCGUAGACAAGGCCUUGCCGGAGGAUGCUGGCCGAUACACGUGUAAAGCGGAGAAUGCAGCUGGGAAAGCGGAGUGCUCCUGCAAAGUCACGAUCUCUGAACCCAAAGAUGCCGCCUCUGGAGACAAGAAGUCUGCACCUACAACAGAGAAUGAGGCCCUUAUAAAGAAGAAACAAGCCCCCAAAUCUCCGACCAAACAGGGCUCUGGCCCUCAGAUCACCCAGUUCCCAGGUGACAUGAAGAUCCUGGCUGGGAAGAAGGUGGGCCUGCUGUCCUACUUCACUGGGGCCCCACCCAUCACCUGCACCUGGAUGAAGUUCAAGAAGCCGAUCCAGUCAGGAACUGGAGGCAUCAAAAUAGACACCACAGAGAACAGCAGUCAGCUGACCAUUGAUGGGACCGACCCCGACCACAGCGGCUGCUACAUCUUGGAGCUGCAGAACAAGUUUGGCACCAAGCAAGCCUCCUGUAACCUCACUGUCGUAGACAAGCCUGAUCCUCCGGCUCGAGUCCCAGCGGUCUCAGACAUUCGUGAAUCCUCCCUCACCCUGUCGUGGUACGGCCCCACAUAUGAUGGCGGCAGCAUCGUGCAGUCAUACAACCUGGAGAUCUGGAAUUCAGUGGAUAAGAAAUGGACAGAGUUGGCCUCAUGCAACAGCACCUCAUAUUCCGUCAAGAAACUGCUCAAGGACCGGCAGUACAAAUUCCGCGUCCGGGCCGUCAACAUGUACGGAGCAGGGGAGCCUAGUGCAGAAUCUCUGCCUGCUACUGUGGGAGCGGAACAGAUGAAAGAGAAAAAGGAAGUCGAAGCUGCAGAUGAUGCUGAUGACAAGGAGCCAGAGUACAGAGAUGUGGUCGUGAAGAAAGACUGCAGUGUUAAAGAUCUCUAUGAUGUGCAAGACAGACUGGGAACGGGCAAAUUCGGACAGGUCUAUAAACUGGUCGAGAAGUCCACGAGCAAAGUGUGGGCUGGGAAGUUCAUCAAGGCCUUUUCUGUUAAGGAGAAGGACAACGUUCGGAUGGAGAUCGACAUCAUGAACAGCCUCCACCACCCGAAGCUGGUGCAGUGUGUGGACGCCUUCGAGGGCAAGUCUGACAUUGUCAUGGUCAUGGAGAUAAUCUCUGGUGGCGAGCUGUUUGAUCGCAUCGUGGACGAGGACUUCGAGCUGAGUGAGAGAGAGGUGAUCAAAUACAUGCUGCAGAUCAUCGACGGCGUGGCCUUCAUUCACAAACAGGGCAUUGUCCACUUGGACCUCAAGCCAGAGAACAUCAUGUGCCUAAACAAGACAGGCAACAAGAUCAAACUCAUUGACUUUGGCCUUGCCAGGCGGCUAGAUACCGCUGGUGGACUGAAAGUCUUGUUUGGAACUCCUGAGUUUGUGGCUCCGGAAGUGAUCAACUAUGAGGAGAUUGGCUUCUCCACGGAUAUGUGGAGCAUCGGGGUCAUCUGCUAUAUCCUGGUCAGCGGUCUGUCACCUUUCAUGGGCGACUCUGACAGCGAGACACUGGCCAACGUCACAUCAGCCACCUGGGACUUUGAGGAUGAUUCCUUUGACGAGAUAUCUGAGGAGUGCAAAGACUUCAUCAGCAGUCUCCUGAAGAAGUCCAUGAGGGCUCGUCUGACCUGUCCACAGUGUCUGGAUCACAAAUGGCUGAAGCAGGACACGGCCAAAAUGGAGGCCAAGCAGCUGUCCAAGGAUGCACUGAAGAAGUACAUCUUGAGACGCAAGUGGCAGAAAACAGGAAAUGCUGUGCGCGCCAUCUCCAGAUUCCACUCCAUGGGGAUGCUGGGUGGAGUCGGGCCAAAGAAAUCGCCUUCGGCCGAGGACACCCCGGCUCCAUUCCUGGAGUGUGUGGAGGAUGAGACACCCCGGCCUCCUGCUCCACCUACCUUCACCAAGGUCAUCCGUGAUGUGGAGGUGGUGGAGGGUAGUGCCGCUCGAUUUGAGUGCAAGAUAGAGGGCUCUCCUGACCCAGACGUGGUGUGGUACAAGGAUGACCAGCCCAUCAAGGAGACGCGCCACUGCCAGAUCGACUACGAGGACGACGGCCAAUGCAGCCUGGUCAUCUCGGAGGUGUGCCCCGAAGACGACGCCAAGUACACCUGCAAGGCCGUCAACAGCCAGGGCGAGGCCAGCUGCACUGCAGAGCUCAUGGUGGAGUUUAUGCAGGAGGAGGAGGGAGAGGGAGCGGAGGAGGAGGGAGAGGAGGAGGAAGAGGAGGAGGAAGAAUAGAGAGAUGGAAGAACAGAAGAGAAUGAGGAGACGUCAAGAAGUGGACACUCAAAAAGGGGCGAUGAUUUCCUCCCUACUUAAAGCUCUUACCUUUACUGUGCUCUUACUGCAGACCACCUGCCUUCUUUAACUUUUGUGCACUUUUGGUCUUUCUUACUUAAGAACAUUGAUUGGUUGGUUGGUUAAUUGGUUGAUUGGCAAGCUAAUUGAUUGAGUGACAGACUGAUCAAUCAAAUGUUUCUUUUUUUUCCCCCAUGACUAGACAUUCCUUUCUGUGCCUUGUUGGUCUAAUAACCAGUAAUCCAUCUGUUUUUUUAAUGAUUCAAACAGAUUUAACAUGCAUGCAUGCAUUUAGUAUAUAUUUGUAUGUAUAAUGAGAUGUGUCAAGAAAUAGUUUUAAAAAAAUAACCUCUGAUAUUUUACCAUUAUACAUAAUUUUCAACAAUUUUAAUCCAGUCUUCUUAUAUACCCUGUAACAAGAUAGGUCGUCAGGCCUGUAUUGGAUGUCUCCUUUCACCCACUGUUGAGCUUUGCAUGUACUGUAAUAUUCAGGCAUAACCCACUUUCCUUGUCUACUGAAAAACAGUAGAACAACUAUUAGAGGGCCUAUGCAAUAUUCAGAUAUGAGCUUGGUGUUUGCACUGGGUUUGUGAAUGUUAUUUAGACGUGCCUGGAGACAUCACUGUGUAAAAAAAAUAAUCAAACACUUUAUGUUUGGUGUGAAUUGGCUGACACCAGUCCUAAUUAAUCUUUUUAUUAUGAAGUUAACAUUUCAGUUAGACUUAUUUGUGAUGUGCUGGAUUGUUUCACAGGAAAGUGAGCGUUGCGUUUUUGCUGCUCUGUGUGAAAAUCACAAACCUUCUGUUUUUUUGUUUUGUUUUUUUUUGUCUUCGAUUGAUAUGCUUUUGCUUUUGCACUUGAAUCUAUUUGAAUAUCAUUAUGUUACACUCUUAAAAUGGUGCAGAACUAUCCAUCCUCUGUUGAAUGUAUUCUUUGUAAUCUCUGUCCUCUGGUUCUCUUGCAUGUUAGCAGCAAGGUUGGCCCCAUAGAGUAGAUUUGAGUUUUGGCUGAGAGUAUCCCAUAGGAAUCCCAUAGGUGAGCAAAUUCAUGCGUUAUUCAUUUGUUUGUACAGGACUGCUCAGUCGUGCUGAGUGCACUCGUGAAACCUAGCAUACUCUCUAAUUAUGAAUAAGUAAUAAACAAUUGUUUACCUAUUCAAUUAAACAUUAGUAGUAAGUAUAUUGUUAUUAACAACCUCAUUAUAGACUAAGGCUUGAUACUAUUAGGUUACCAAAAAGUAAAUUGUGUGGCAUAUCUCUCACAGAAAAAGAACCUGUUAUUUUGUUUCAUAUUUAAGACUAACUGAAGCACUGUCCACUUGAUUAAACCUGAAUAUUUCGGA